AUUGUAUAUUGGGCUUGAGUGUAGUAGAAUGCGAGUUCGUCAAGUACUCACGCAUCGAAGUCACUGCGCAUCGUUGCGUCUUUUAGUCCACGUUCUUCAAUAUUAAAGAACUUAAGACUACCUUCAGUCUGGUAACAGUCAGUAACAGGUUGUCUUACCCUCUUCCUGUCAAAACAACAGGUCGAUGAUAUUUGACAGAUCUUUUAUACACAGCUUCAGGAAAGUUAUGAGAAAAAAGAGAACUAGCAAUUAGUUGAAUUAAAACAAUGGCAUUUUUGUGUCCAGUGCGAAUUCGCAGGGGUAAAAAGAAAAAACCUACUGGCGCUGAUAUUGAUAAGGAGUUGAUGAAAACGAAUUCCGGAUUAACUCCUGGAAUGGGAAGGAUCACAGGCUCUGCAAGUAUUGAAACUUUAGUGAGAGUUGGCAUUGAAAAGGAACAUGGUUUAUCUCCAGAUAGUAAAAUGGUUGUUUUACAUGAUUUUACACCUUGUGUUGAUGAUGAGCUUGAAGUUAAAAGAGGACAAAUUGUUAAUAUUUUAUACAGAGAAAAUGAUUGGGUUUAUGUGAUAGGCUUAGAUACAAGACAAGAAGGUUUUAUACCACAUUCUUAUUGCACACCUUAUAAUAGCCAUUUAGCUCAAUUAGCAAUUAAGAAGAAACUACCCAGAGAUACACAAGUGGGACCUGCAGAGCACGCACUGCCGAAUCCGGAAAAUACUACGGAAUGCGAAUUGGCUGCACCAGAUACAAGCGAUUGUGAUUCAUUGGGUAAAAAACAGGGCGCUGUGGCUAGUUCUCCGAUUAGUAUACAUUCCGAACCGGAUAUGUUGCCAUUUGCGAAAGAUCCAUCUGGAAGGUACAUAGUACUGUACACUUUCAUUGCUAGAGACGAAAACGAUGUAUCUGUGGAAAGAGGCGAAUUUGUGACUGUUUUAAAUAGGGAAGAUCCAGAUUGGUAUUGGAUAGUUAGAAGUGAUGGACAAGAGGGAUUUAUUCCAUCAGGCUUUGUGUAUCCGGCUGAUAAUGUUAUACAAGGUCAUUUGAAUUCUACGACCAACCAAAAUGGAACAUCGAGCUUUACAAAUACGAACGUAUCUCAUCAUAUGAAUUCGCCAAGUGCGGAUGACUUGAGAUACCAUGGAACCGAGUUGGUUAUGCUCUACGAUUACAAGGCCCAAGCACCGGAUGAUCUAUCGGUGAGAAGAGGAGAUUGGAUAUACGCAGAUCUGAGCAACCAAACUGUGGAUGGCUGGCUAUGGGCGUACGCCCCUAAGACGAGGAAGUACGGGUUCAUACCAAAAGCCUAUGCGAGACCCCCGGCGAUGACCAGCUUAUAAGGAUCGUCCGUCCAUGCCUGAUAUCGAAAGGAGUUAUUCUUUUAAAACGUUAUAAUUAAUAAUAUUACGAAACUGUUGUGGAAUAUUUAA